AAACUCAUUAUUAAUUCAAGAACUACAAAAUGUAAAGAAGAAACAAAGGCUAUCCGAAGAAGGGACAAACCACAUGCUUCAGGAGGAAUUCUCUGAAAAGGUAGAGCAGUGCAAGGUUGCCAAUUGCUCGAAUCGGUUGUGUGAUUUACCCAAUGAGCUUCUUCUCCAUAUCUUGUCAUUUCUUGAGGUGAAGGAUGCAGCACAGACAAGCCUAUCAUGUAAAAGGUGGGGACAAUUGUGGGCCUUGGUUCCUGAUCUUCACUUCAAGGAGUCUGACUUAUCUAAGAGGUCUCUCUUCUUGGACUUUGUUGAAAGGGCAAGUGCUCUUCGUGGCAGAUUGCCUAUGAGAGCAUUUUCUCUCAACUGUGAAGUAGAGGGAGCCGUCGUCCGGGUCAAGAAAUUGAUUGAAUCCGUCAUAACAUCUGGUGUACGAGAUCUCUCCCUGGUCCUUUCUAAAUAUAAAAGGGCAUACUUAUUACCUUCAUCCAUAUUUACUUGUGCAAGUCUAGAAAUGCUCUGUGUGGAAUCAUUUUGCCUCCUCAAGCUCCCUUCAAUUUGUCUUCCAAAACUCAAGGUAUUGAUUCUUCGGAAUGUCAUGUUUGAGGAUAAUGAGACGCUGGAAAAAUUAUUUUCCACUCCUUCACUUGAAAGAUUGGAUUAUGAAGAAGGUUCGCACGGCAGUAUCAAAUCUUCAAGUUGUGCCAGGCCAUGUAUUCGUGUUACUGGCCCCAAGCUUCAACAUCUCAGUCUCAACAUGUUCAAGCGUUCUCGCUCCACUAUAGAGAUCAAUGGAACUCCUCUCAAGUCCUUCCAUUAUCGGGGUUGGUUCGUAGAUACACAUUGCAUACUGGAAGACACCAACCAGCUAAUUGAGGCUUAUUUGUGGAGUGAUGAUCAUAUACAAGAUGACAAUAGAGACUCAUGCCAUGCUUUCAAACUACUGCAUUUGUUUUCAAAUGUGAAGGAGCUUACUCUAUUCAGCUCACUCUUACUUGUAGAGUCCAGAAGGGGCAUUGUUCCUCUCUUCAGUAAUUUGAUCAAGUUAACAUUGGAUUGGGAUUUUAUGAUAAGUAUUACGGGGCUCUGGAUAAUGCUAAGAAGAUCUCCUCGUCUCCAAAAUCUCUGUUUUAAUAAGGAAUUACACUAUCAAGUAAAUGGAAGUGAUGAUGAGUUGUUGAACCCAGUACCAGAGUGUUUCUUGACAGAUCUCAGAACGAUAUCUGUCACGCUCUUAUGCUCUGAAAGACUUCACGAGAGGCUUUCCAUGGUUAGGGAAUUCCUUGAGAAGGCGAUGGCGUUGACUGAAAUGGUCAUCAAAGUUCCACAGCAGUAUGAGGGUGAGGGCAUUCUGUUGGAGAAAUUGAGUAAAUAUCCCAUGGGGUCGAAGAAUUGCCGAAUCUCUUUGGAAAGGAUGCCUUAGGGACACUUCAAGAAUAUGUGUGGGAACGCAGCAGCUUCCGGGUGGCUAAUCGAUCGGCGGCGAGUUCGUUCUCUGACUGGGUUUAGCUGGUGUUUCAGACAGCCAUGUCCAGUGAGCUAAUCCACAUUGUGUGGACAAUCUGGAUGAUUUGGAAGUGUAGGAACGCAGCCGUAUGGGAACAACGGGUGCCAACCCCAGAGGUAACAGUUCGCAUGGUGCUGAAUUUUUCGAAAGGGUGGGAGAAUAGUCAUAGAGAGGAUCCCCCCACCUUAACUCCUUCGGCAGAGAGGGUUUUCCCCCCUGAAGCUGCCCAUUGUUUUUUUGAUGCUGCUCUAUUCCAUGCUUCGGGUUUGGUUGGUGCUGGUGGAGUGAUUUUCUCCUCUUCUAAGGAAUUUCAAGCGGCUUUUGCUCGACGGUUGUGGUGCCCGCAAGAUCCAUUGUUGGCAGAAGCUAUGGCAUGCCGGGAGACUUUGUCGUGGCUCAAAAGUCUUGGAGUCCAGGUUGCUGUUAUUUUUUCUGAUUGUUUUCGUGUCGUAGAGGCAAUUAAUGAUAGUGGUGUGUCGGAUUGUGCUUCUUAUUUCGGGUCUUUGAUUGAUGACUGUAAGGCCCUCAUGGCCUCGUUUGAAUCUGUUUU